GGAUAUUUCAUUGGUUCGGCGUCAUCUUCAUGUAGUCCUUAAUACAUUUCAGAAAAGUAUUCCAAACUGAUCUUGAAUUUCUUACGAAUGUUAAACACAAAAAUGGUUCGAGGUACAAGCAAGGGUGAUGAUAUCGGGAAAAUAUUUGUCGGGGGCUUAUCCACAGAAACAACCAAAGAGAGCCUUCAAGAGUAUUUUAGUGACUUCGGUGAAGUCACAGACUGCAUCGUUAUGCGGGAUACCGCCACGAAACGUUCAAGGGGUUUCGGAUUUGUCACUUUUCAAGAUCCUGCUUCAGUUGAUAGCGUGUGCCAAAAGGCUGAACACAUCCUUGAUAACAAGAAGGUUGAUCCCAAGCGUGCUGUGCCACGAGGACCAGGUCAGCAAGAGAUGAUUUCCACACAAAGUCCUGGUGGGCAAAGUAGGGAUGCAGGAAACAAUGAAAACAAAAUUUUUGUUGGUGGACUGAGUAGUAACACCACAGAAGAUGAUCUACGACGGUUUUUCUCUGCCAUUGGAAAGGUUGUUCAUGUUAAGCUGAUGUAUGAUAAAGAAAAUAGCAGAAUGCGAGGCUUUGGUUUUGUAACGUUUGAGUCAAGUGAAGCAGUAGAGGAGGCUUGCCGUAUACAUUAUCAUGACAUCAAUGGAAAAACGGUUGAGGCAAAGAAAGCUGAGCAGCGUGAUUCUAGAAUGGGACCAGGAGGAAGCAUGGGCAUGGGUGGAGCACAGAUGAACAGUGGGUACAACAGUGCACAGUAUUACCCUCAAAUGCAAGGUCAGUUUGGUGGGCCUCCUCCAGUCCCUGGUAUGGGUCGCGGCUAUCCAGGCUAUAGUGCAAUCCCUCAAGGCUAUCCUGGUGCACCCAACAUGGUUACUCCAGGAUAUGGUUAUGGUGGAUAUGACCAGACUUCCAUGUAUGGUGCACAAACUUCUGUUGCCACUCCUGGAUAUGGAAACUAUAGUGCAGUACCUUCAUCAGCAGCAUCUAUGGCCGCAACGUCAGGCGGAUAUCCAGAUUACAGUCAGAUGUCAGCAGCAACACCCCAAGCUGGAAUGCCAGCAACUACCCCUGGUGGCCAGCCUCGCUUAGAGACCCCUGCUACCACAGACUACUCAGUUUAUGGCCUGGGGAACUACCCACAACAGGAGUCUAACUAUGGUCCUGCUAGGACAUCCUUCUCCUCCGACUCAGGAUACAGUGGCUUUGCUGGUAAUGCUGAGCAACCUGGCUACGGUCCAGGUCCUUAUGGAGGCGGAGAAAGUCUUGGAAGGGGAGGCAAUGUUUCUCGUGGAUUUCACCCUUACGGACGAUAGAUAGCUCGAAAACCCUUCAGUUAAAAGGAAAAAAAUGGCAUUCGCUCGAAACUUAACCUCGAAACGAACGAUGUGGUCAAUAAGCUUUUUAGAAGGUCAAGGCGCUGGGAUUUCCCACUGAAAAAUUAUUUUAACCUCGAAGUUAUUGUUUGUUUUGUUUUUUCUUUUUUUACUUCCAUUUCAAGGAAUUUUAAUUAACUUAGUUCGGUUGUGAAGAAUUCUUGUAGAGGUUUCGUUUUUUCUGCAUAAAUUCGCUCAUUACCUUUAAUUAUGAACGAAAUGUUGAUCUGAGAUAAACAAGGCACUUUUUUGAACAGGUUGAAAAAAAAAAUUCAGAGUGAACUUGAAAUCAACACACAGGACAUUUGAGAACCCAGUUUACCAUUUAAUUGACGUUAUCAUAUUGCUUAUGUUCUGUGAGGUGAUCAAUAAAAAAUUUUUGCGGUUUUCA